ACUGUAUUAUGUGUUCUCUUCCUUUUGAAAGCUUGAUUAGCAAAUUCUCGGUAUAUUAAAUUCUUUCUUUUUAUUUUAGGAAGGAUCUGUAAAUGUAUAACAAAACACAUGGCAGACUUAAAGUUUACAGAUGCAAGAUUUGAUCCAGGGUCUGAGAAUGAUAAGCUUAGCCUUCCAAGUCCUCCAGCACCCGUUUUGGGAUUUUCAUUUUCUAGAACAUCAUCUACAGGAUCUAUAGAUCUUUUGACUUCAUCUUCGGCACAUAAUACUGAUGAUGAAGACAGUGAUCAAAAAUCAACUUUAAGUUAUAAGGAAAGGCGGCGUGAAGCUCAUACUCAAGCUGAACAGAAGAGACGUGAUGCAAUUAAGAGAGGUUAUGAAGAUUUGCAGUCACUUGUUCCUACUUGUCAGCAACAGGACAGCAUUAGUAGUUAUAAAUUAAGCAAAGCAACUAUUCUCCAGAGAUCAAUUGAUUAUAUUCAAUUCCUUCUGCAGCAGAAGAAAAAGCAAGAAGAUGAACUUAAUGCUUUAAGAAAAGAAGUUAUUGCCUUACAAAUCAUGAAAGCGAACUAUGAAACUAUCGUAAAGGUUCAUCAAAGCCAACCAGGACAAAAUUCUAAUAAAGUUAGCGAUGAGAUGAAAUUUCAAGUGUUUCAAGCAAUAUGUGAUUCCUUGUUUCAAUCAUUUAAUUCAUCUAUAUCUGUUGCAAAUUUUGGAGAAUUGUCUGCUUGUGUCUUUAGCUGGCUUGAAGAAUACUGCAAACCACAAACCCUGCAGGAAAUGAUAGUGUCACUAUUGUGCCAAUUGAACAGCCAACUCAAUAGAUAAAACAACUGCAUUUUGAAUUUAUUGUGAUAUUUGACCUAAAUUUUUCAUUUUAAUAUGCUCCGACUAUUGUACAAAACCAGUAUGUUUACAUGCUAAUGACAUGAUUUUAAUUAAAGUUGUAUAUUGUAUAAAUAAAGUUGCUUCUCUUUUCCUGUG